UUACAGCCAUUUAUUGCAUUCUCAACCAUUUUUUUAGCAACCAACUAUAUUAACUAUUUCCCUUCACUUUUAUAUUGUAUACUCCACAUUUUUAUCAAUUAUCGGCAUUCAGGCCCACAGUGCUUGGUUUUCCCAUUUUUAUUCUCUUGUCACAUGUCGCUACAGAGUAUAAUAUAUUCAAAUAAGGCACCAAUUAAUAUAAUGGAUAAAUCUUCCCAUGAUUAGUGCUUUUGAAGUGAGCCCUCUUAUGGCGAAAUAUGGUGUCUCGGUGUUUUCAUCUGAUGUCGAUACACCCUUCUUGAAUUGAAUUAUGAUAUGUACGCUGUAUUUAUAUCUUAGCAACACAAUUAUUUUCUUUUCUGUCAUGAUUUUAUUUGCUCAUAUUUAUGUAUAUAUUUUUCUCGAAACAAUUUAUGCAUCUAGACGUUUAUUGGUGCUCUUAUUUAUCGUUGGAAUAAAGGGAUAAAGGGUCCGUAAAAUGUGUUCGAAGGAUCAAUACAGUGAGAUGAAAGAUAAAUUUAAACCACCCAAAUUGAAACAGCCAACAACUACACGAGCUCGUUGCUAUGAGCAAUUCCUUUGGCAAGAGCUUUACAACGAAUAUAUUCGCUACAAUGACCGUUUAGUUAAUGUAAAGCCGGACAAAGCAAAUACAGAAUAUUUUGAUGAAUAUUGUAAAAAGGUUCCAAAGGAAGAUAUGGCUAAAAAGGAGCGUUUGAUUAAUGUUUACCCGUUGUACAGCACUAGCGCGAUAACGUUGUGGAAUAACAAUGGUGAUAUAACAAGAGAUUUUAAAAAGCGUUACAUUAUAACACGCCCGGUGCAAGAACAAGCUGAACAAUUCGGAUAAUGUGAGCAUCUAGAUUCAAAUAAUAUGUUAGUAUAUGUAUAUAUAUACUAACGCUUAUAUGGUUCAUAUAUGCACAAAUUGUCUUUUCCAAUCUCAAAAUUUAAAACUAGAAAAUUGUACAGCUAAAUUAUAAUUUUUACCUUAACUGAAUCAAUGAGACUCGUUAUAUAUGAUAUGUAUGUAUGUAUGUAUGUAUGAAUAUAAUUUUAUGGUAACACCAACUACUAAUUUAAACAAACCCCAAAU